GUGCCGGCUCGGGUUCCGUGUGGAAAGAGUGAGGGGGCUUGGGUGCAAAGUUUGCUCGCCCAGCGCCUGCGGAGGGAGCGGCGGCGGCCGGGCCGCGCUCGCGCUCGGGGCUCCGCCGCCGCGCCCAGGGGCCGUUGGCCGCGCCAAACGCCGGCGGCGGCGGCGGCUCUCCCCGCGCCUGCUCCGCUCCGCGCCGCGCCGGCGGCCGCUGCCCCGCUGCGAUGUGCGGGGGUAUGGCGGCGAAGGGGCCGGGCGGGCCGCGGUGGUGGCAGAACCGGCGGGCCCGGCUGCUGUGCAUGCUGGCGCUCACCUUCCUCUUCUUCGUGGUGGAGGUGGUGGUGAGCCGGGUCACGUCGUCGCUGGCCAUGCUCUCUGACUCCUUCCACAUGCUCUCCGAUGUCAUGGCCCUGGUCGUGGCGCUGGUGGCCGUGCGCUUUGCCCAGCGCACACGUGCCACCAAGAAGAACACCUUCGGCUGGGUGCGGGCCGAGGUGAUGGGCGCCCUCGUCAACGCCGUCUUCCUCACCGCCCUCUGCUUCACCAUCCUGCUGGAGGCCAUCGAGCGCUUCACGGAGCCCCACGAGAUCCAGCAGCCGCUGGUGGUCAUCGGCGUGGGAGUGGCAGGACUCAUCAUCAACCUGCUGGGGCUCUGCCUCUUCAACCACCACGGCAUCGGCGGCCACGGCCAUGCCCAUGGCCAUGGGCACUCGCACAGCGGCAGGCAACACCCCCGCGGCGGCCCCAAGCCUGAGCAGCCGCCCGGGGAUGGCGAUGCUGCUCUGCACCGGGAGGAGACCAGCACCUUGGUGGAGAACUGCAGCAGCUCCAACGGAGUCAGCCAGGAGAAGUUAGGUGAUAUGAAAGAUGACACGGCUGACCUACAAGUUAAUGGGAAUGCUGGUCAUUACUCUCUGGAUGUAGAGGAGGUUGAAGAAGACUCUAGUGCGCAGCUUAACAUGCGUGGAGUUUUUCUGCAUGUUUUUGGAGAUGCCUUAGGUUCAGUAAUUGUGGUGGUGAAUGCCUUGCUCUUUUAUAGUUUGUGGAAUCCAUGCCCCAGAGACGGGCUCUGCAUUAAUCCAUGUGUCAAUAAUCAUUGCAUGGAAAAUGCUACUUUAUCCCAACCACUUGGCAAAACUAACCUAUCUGAGCAAGAAAGCAUUACGGUCGCUGGUCCAUGCUGGUUACUAUAUUUAGAUCCUGUCCUUUGUUUGAUAAUGGUUUGUAUACUCCUUUACACAACUUAUCCGUUACUUAGGGAGUCAGCUCUUAUACUUCUGCAGACUGUUCCCAAACAGAUAGAUGUUCAUUCUUUGAACUCAAAAUUACGUACCCUUGAAGGAGUUGAAGCAGUCCAUGAAUUACACAUUUGGCAACUAGCAGGCAGUAGGAUCAUUGGCACUGCUCACAUAAAAUGUCCUGACCCUUCCACAUACAUGAUGGUGGCAAAACGCAUAAAAGAGAUCUUUCAUGAUGAAGGGAUUCAUGCAACUACCAUUCAGCCUGAAUUUGCCAGUGUUGGCUCUGAGUCAGGGAGAGGGAAAUGCGAGUUUCCUUGCAGAACUCAGUGUGCUUUGAAGCAAUGUUGUGGAACCGGAGAAGAUAAUACUGGAAAGAAGACAGAAAAAUCUUCGUCACUUAGUAUUUCUUGUUCAGAAGUUGUAAUUGAAUUUCCACAUAACAAAACUAGGAGGACUAAAUCAGAGAGCAUACCUUCGGUUAGGCUGGAGGCAAACGCUGAUCAAAACGAGCAGUUUGAAUCAUCUCUGUAACUCCCGGAAUGGUGCUGCCUGAGUUUCAGUGACUUUGACAACAGCUAUAUUGCAAGAGGAAGGGACAGACGUUUGAGAUGCAAUUUUGCCAAGUAGUGUAAUUGCUGAAGUCCUUGUUCUUGUCGUAUUGCUAAAUCUAGAAUGCUUGUUUUAAAGAACAUAAUGUCACUGUCAUGAUACAAUGUGUGUGUGUUGACUUUGUACUGAGACAGACAGAAAGUGCACCAUGCUGUAACAACUUCAGAAAACCAGUUUCAACAUUUCAGCUGAGACACUUUUUGUUGUACUUCAAAUUAAUUUUUUUUUCCAGUGAAAAAAUAUUUGAGGGAUAAGUAUAUAGGAACUCAAUAUGUGUUACAGAUUUCUUGGACCUACUUUUUCCUUUAAUAUUUGAUUUGUAGAUAUUUUAAUAUAUUGUUUAUUUAGAAACCCUAAGGAAACCAAAGUUCAUAGAACAUUUUUAAAGCUAUAACUACUUAAAACUAGAAACCACUUUGUCAGUUUCACAUAUUUUUCUUAAACCUAUAUAAUAAAAAAUGUGAAGGCUUUUCUAAUGAAUUUAUCGUAUAGCUUAUUUUAAAGAAAACAUCACGUGAUUGUUAGAAACUGUCCCACCUUUUUACGGUAAGGUUGUAGGUAAUUAAAAUCAUCGGCCUAUGAAAAUAGCAGAUGUGAAAGGUUUUUUCUAUCAAAAUGAAAGUUCAAGCUGCUGUAUACUGCUCUGUGAUCAAGACGUGAGACUGGCAGAUAAAGUAACACAUACUUUAAUAUUUUAUGGAUUUUCUGGUGUUCUUCCUUAUUUCCAAGUUGUGUGUCUCGUCAUAAAAAUUUUCGAAGUUUAAAGAAUCCUUGACUCACAGUGCUAUGAAUGAAGAGUUGGAGCUUCAGUUUUAACAGAUGCUCAGUUAGCUAAUCAAUUCUUUUAUCUCAGUAAUGUCAAUAAGAUCUCUGUCAGAAAGAAAGUCUGUCAAGCACUGACAGUGUAACUCAUGCUUCUCGAAAGCAUAAACUGUAGCUUCCCUAAAAAGUCAUUCAGUGAUGUCUUUUGCUGUAGUUCAGUGUAUCCGUAAGCAGUUACAGGGCAGGAAUCCUGGCCCCAGUGAUGUCUGUAGAAGCAUUCCACUGACUUCUGAGGGAGUCGGGGGGGGGGGGGUAGGGUUUCAUUCACUGUAUUUUUGCACUUUAAGAUGUGUAUCACAUGAUUUCACUUGCCGAGUAUCUAAAUCUAUGGUUUAAAAUGUUAACUCAGUUAAUUGACAACUGGCUGUAAAGAAGCUGUUACAGUGUGCUGCCACCUUACACCUUUACAAAGGAGAAACUGAUCUAUGGACUCUGAAUUUGGCAGAGAGUAGAUGAGAGUUGAAGAUAAAAUAAAGAAGGAAUCUAAAACUUCAGUCUCUAGUAAACUCCCUGACCCUUUAGAUCCACCUUCAAGUUAUAUGUGGGAAAUAAUGCCUUGUAAUUAAUUGACUUCUCCGACGCUCAAAACUGGAAAACAACUCAGAUCUUCCAUUGCUUGCUCUGUGACUCUGGACACGUCAGAUAAACACUCUGCCUCGGUUUCCCUGUCUUAAAAUGGGGAUAAUACCUACCUCACAGGGGUGUUGUGAGGCUUAACUCGUGUGCGAAGAGCUCUGAGACCUGUUACUGGAAGGCACUGGAAGGAGAGUAAAAUGUUAAAUUACUUAGUGUUUACUCCUUCUACAAAUGUAUCGCAAUACCUAGGCACAACAGAGGGAACUGAGGAUAGUUUUGGCCUUAUGAAAUUCUUCGAUGCUGUGGUUUUCAGGUUUUUAACAGUAUUUAAAUGUAGAUUUUUUAAAAGAAUGUUUUUUUAGUGAAGGGAAUGUAGCUUUGCCUUCAGAACAUCUUGCUAGUUGCAUUUCUAAUAUGUGUCUCGUAUGAUAAUUGCUCCUACGUAGUUCAAAAUAGCCUGCUGCUCGUUAGACCUGGAUUGCCCAGGUCGUGUCAGUGGUCUUACUCAACUUCUCAGCAGAGCACUGCAGUCAACUCUCGAUUAUCCAUGGGUGGAUUACCAGUGUUGUGUAUUAACUGUGCAGUGUCCACAGCCAGACUAGCUCUGCGUAUGCCAGUGCGUUGGCCAAAUGCUAGGUGCCAAAGCAUCGGCAAAGUAGGGGAGCCCAGCCUGGAGGUGCUCAGGCCAGCUCGGCAUGAGCCUGCUCUCGCGGGGUUUAGUAGCUUGGAUGCAGCGCAGCACCAUGCAGUUACAUUGCCUCUUGGCUGGUCAGAGGCAUCUGCAGGGAGCUGUGCUGUGUGGGUGUGUCAGAUAAGCUUCACUCUAGCUUGGGGAUGUUGGUGCUUCACAGUCAUCGGCAUCACUGACCUUUCUCUGUGUUUAUGCUUGUUGUAUAGUCUCAUAGACUAAUUUAAAUAUGUUAAUAUAGUAUUUAUAUAUGUUUUUUUGUCUGAAUUAUCUUAACUCUUUCUCCUGUUAUCUGUAUAUGAUCUAGAGUUGACUGUUAAAUGAGAACUUGUAUGAGACUACAUUUGCAAAAUAUACUACCACUGCUAGUAUACUACAAAGUAUUAACCAAGUAAAUUUUGAAAUGAACAAAGUACUUUUUUUUUUAAAUGUGUAUCCUUGCUUUUUAUGGUAAACUUUCACUAAUUACUUUGCUCGCUAGUUUGAAAUUGGUCUCAGUCAUUAUGAGUAUGAAUUGUUUAGUUCCUGCUCUAUAUCAUUAGUGCGUCAUAGAACUGCUGCUCUUUAGUUUGUUUUAAAAAAAGCAAAACCAAAAAACCCAAGACAAACCAUAGUAGCACUGACAAGCCUGACAUUUCUCUCCUGUUGCUUUUAUAAAAAGAGAGCAACUGUUAAGUCUUGACAGUUGCCACUGUUGGUUAACAGUCUCAGUAAAUGCAUCUGAAUAGAUGGAAUUGUAGCCACUAAUUCCAUUGUAACUAUUUAAUCUUUUUUUCUGCCAGAAGUCAUAUUUUUCUAUUACCGUGUCCAUUGCAGGCAAUGGCUGGCUUAAAAGACAAAAAGUUCUCCCCCACAUUAUUUUUAUUAACAGGACAGGAUGCAAACGUGAUGAUGAUGUGAUGGGGCGGAAGGGGGAGUUGCGUGGCCUUUCUUCGUCAUGUGAGGUUGGGUGUGUGCAGCACCAGCUGGUGUUAAUGGGGGCCCUUGAGUCUCUCUAGCCCUCAAUGGCAAGUUUGCUCUAAGUAUAUAGUCAGGUCAAGGUGGUGGCUGUACAGCAGCAGAGACACAAUUUGUGUGUUUGUUUUGGCUGUACUGGAUGCAACUGUAGCCUGCUAACUUGCAGUAUAGCUUGAUUUUUUAACCUUGUCUGUGGUUACACAGGCUUGAUUUAUUCUGAAGAUCACAGUUCCAGAAUACUGGGAGCAUUCAGAAAUACUGUACGAUCUGUCUUUUUUUUUCCACAAAGCAUGAAACUAGUGAAUCUCAUGUAAGUGAACACUGCAGUGGUGGGGAGCUAAUUGUAUUGUGUAUCACAUUCCUGAAUUUUUAAAAUAAAAAAAUAUGGAACACUGAUUUUAAGGAGAAAAAGUUUGUAUUUCAAUGUCUAGAUUGUUUAUGCUUCUGAUUAAAUGUGUCAGAUGUACCAACA